UACUUCAAAGAAAGAAGCCAAUAAUCUCAUCAAAGACCUCAAACGCAAGUUCUACGUAAGGUUACCACUGUGUCCAGAGUGGAUCAAAGAUAACUUUAACCAGGACGACAGACCCAAAAUGUCAGAAGACCUUCACACUGUCGAGAAGGAAGUAGGAAUAACAAAGAACCAAUUAAACAGAGAAUCCUCUUUGUUCAAAGAAACCAUAGCUAGAAUUAAAGAGAAAUAUGCUG